AUGGCUGCAAACAACAACAGUAUAAGACUCGGCCAUGAAACCCUAACUGCGCUCGCUUGCCGCGAAAGAGCUCAACAGCAUCAACAGGCCAGAGAUAUGGGGGAGUCGUCCUUAGGCCUCACGAUGGGUUCGCCGGGUUCUAGGAGCCGACUAUCAUUAGGGUCGUCAUCCCAGGCUCGUGUACACCGAGAGGUGGAGGCUUCAUCUACACGUGAUGAUCUCGCUCCAUUUGAACGUUUGUCUUCUUCCAGGUACAACAUCAUCAUCCAUGACAUGCAAGGGUCGUUUGAUGAGAGAUGGCAUAAAGAAACAUCUUCUUGCCUCUCCCCCAUUGACGAGAUGGCGAUUACAUUAGAUGACGUCGCUUUCCUCCUACACCUUCCCAUCAGAGGGAAGUUACUUGAUCAUUCUAGAAUCAGACGCGAUGAGGCAGUGGAUAUGAUGGUGAUUUAUUUGGGAGCUGACCCAAUGGAAGCCCAGAUGCAAUGUGAGGACACCAGGGGUGCAUAUGUUAAGUUGUAUUGGUUUGAAACGUCAUAUAAAAAAAACUUGGAUUUGGUCGACGAUCCCGACGGUAAUGAUCUACUGGUAGGAUACCACAGAGAAUGUGCAUUGAGAUGUUACUUCCUAUUCUUGGUUGGCACGUCCAUGUUUGUGGAAAAAAAUGUAACCAACGUAGAUGUGGCAUACCUCAAGUAUUUCAUUGACUUGACAGCCAUUCACGAGUGGAAUUGGGGAGCCAACUGCUUGGCAUACCUAUAUUCCAAGAUGAGCGAAGGGAUGAAUCCUUGCCCACUUCACCGCAUACACGAGUUUGAGCGUGUACGAACGUAUACUAAAGAUUACACAUGUGCUUGCCUGUGUCUCCCUCACAAAUGGAAUGAUGUUUUUGUACCAUUCUGUGUGUAUAUUGACCAAACUCAACAUUAUGACAUCGAAUGGAUGCCAUACACUUCUCAUUAG